GCAUAUUGCCGGCCCACCUUUGCCCGCGCUUUAACAUUGAUAGUAGACUUUGCCUGGGUAAUCAAGUAAAAAACAUGGCAACCACGAGCGCCUUUCGUUUCGUUUUCAACUGCACGCAGCGAUCCAUCUUUACUUCAUGCUCUGCAUCAAAAAUUUUGUGUUCAAAACAACCCCGUGUUCUGCCAGUAACACAUCAGGUGAUAGGUGAUCAUAACUCCCAAUAUUUUACAGGUUUUCCGCAGUAUACCAAGGAGGAGCUGGAAGAACCGCCUCCACGAGUAUCGGAAGAAGUCAAAACUCUCCUUAAACUAAGUCGACCACGUUGGGAAGGAACGAAAUGGAUUCCAGCUCAAAUCAAAUCCUGGAAAUUUCGGAAACAACGAAAAGAAUUAAUUUUGGCCGGUCAUUACUUUCCGGAAUUUCCAAUGAGGGACCGAAUGCUGGAUCCGAUGCCGAAAGUUCGUAAACAUGUUGUAGAGAAGGAGGAAAGGUUGAAAAGAAUUGAAGAAAACAUGAGAAUGAUGCCACAAUGGAUUGCAGAAUACAAAGAAAAUAGAAGACAGGAAAAAAUUCGAAAACAAAAGCAAAAAGGAGAAGAAAAAAUCGCACUCAUGCACAUAGAAAAACUUGGACUGCAUCCAAAAGACCCACGAGCAAAAUUAAUAAUAGCGGACAAAAUGAAUAAACCCGAUGCUCAAGUGAAGAAAAAGAAAAAGUUUGGUGAGAAGAAGAAAAGUAGCGAUUGAUAAUGAUGAUAACCAACUGCGCUGUAUAUAGUCUUCUUAAUAUGUUUUUUUAAACGAUUAGCGUCAUCAUUGUUGUGAUUGUUAAUGACACAAAACUAUGUGUUGUUGUUUACGUGAGUUAAGCAGCUGAUACAGUUUUUGAUUU